AUGUCAUUCCCAAGCUUCGUAUACAGGCAACGCAUCCAACGCCUCCCCUACCCAACAGGCUCCUACACCGACCAAACCAUCAUCAUCACCGGCAGCAACGUCGGCCUCGGCAAAGAAGCAGCACGUCACUUCGCCCGCCUCAAUGCCAAUCGAGUAAUUCUAGCUGUACGCAGCCUCGAAAAAGGACAAAAUGCCAAGGAAGAAAUUGAAACAAGUCUAAGAGCUGCCAAUUCCAACAGCAAAACCGACAUCCAAGUUUGGCAACUCGACAUGGCGAGCUAUACCUCUGUGGAACAGUUCGCCGCCCGAGUCAACUCCGAAUUAGACCGUGUAGACAUCUUCCUUGCGAAUGCUGGCAUAGCGUCUGGUAAAUACUACGUCGUCCAAGGCAACAACAGCAUGAUUACCGUUAAUGUGGUUUCGACGUUCUUGCUCUCGGCGAUGGUGCUGCCCAAGAUGAAGGAGACGGCGAGGAAAUUCGGAACAAGACCUACCUUGACGAUUACUACGUCAGGGGUCCAUCGCGAGGCAGCUGGUCUUGUGAAGAGGGCUGCUGAGGCGGGAGAACUGUGGCCGCUGGUCAAUGAUAAGGAGACGGUAGAGAAGCACUUUGACAUUCAGUACCCGGCGUCGAAGCUCCUGGAGAUUUUUGGAGUUAGAGAAAUCAGCGAGCAGAGCCCGAGGGACAACUUCCCGGUUACUAUCAACUGUGUUAAUCCUGGGUUUUGCCACUCAGAAUUGUCGAGGGACCAUCCUACGUGGGGGUUUUGGUUCAUGAAGCUUGUUUUGGCACGAAGUACUGAGGUUGGAAGCAGGAAUUUGGUUGCUGCUGCAUCUAUGGGCGGAGAUUCCCAUGGCAAAUAUGUGUCUGAGUGCAUAGUUGAGCAACCUUCUGAGUUUUUGGAGUCGCAGGAUGGGAAGAAGAUUCAGAAGAUGUUUUGGAAAGAACUGUGUGGGAAGUUGGAGGAAAUUCGGCCUGGUGUUACCAAGAACUUUCUGUAA